AUGUAUGCACUAAACAACAACUAUUGUCUUCAAUUGGUGCGCGAUGCAAAUCAAUAUUUAAAUAUUGAACUUCAUCACAAUGGAACAUUGUCACGAAUCGUGUCAUUGAAUAAUGAACAAUGUUCGACGUUGACUCAUCGUCUAUGUGAGACAAUCAAUGAAUUUGAUGCAUUGAUGGUUGAUCUUCUUGAGACAUCAAUAUCAAAUAUUCGUGUAACAGUCGAUGAACAUCUUGAAAUAUCGUUUCCAGUACGUUUUGGUAGUCGUAAUUAUGAAAAAUUUUGGUCAUUUACAGUUGAACUAAGACAUUUAUCAAUGUUUGAAACGAAUACAACAGAUGAAAUCUCACUUGAUCCAUCCAAUUGGAAUGAUUUACGAUUGUUAGGACAUGAAAUUAUGGACAACAUGAUCGACUAUACUCGCGAUAUUCGCCUAAGACCGCCUUGGCGUCCAAUCCCUCUCGCAAUCAAACAAACUAUUCUUAAUAGUGAUUUUCCACUACAAGGUCAAUCACCAUGGGAAGUUUAUGAUGAAAUUUGCUCGACUUUUCUUCCUUAUAAUGUCGGUAAUAUUCAUCCUUUUUUUUGGGGUCAUGUUUACGGCGCCGGUUCAACGAUUGGAGCUCUAGCUGAAUUUAUUACUGGAACAGUCAAUACAAUGUCAUGGGGUGGUCAACAAUCAAGUAUCUAUUUGGAACGUAAAGUUUUGUCUUGGCUCAAACAAUUAAUAGGUUUUCCGAAUGAUGAGACAAGUUCAGGAAUUCUCGUAAGUGGCACAUCCGUAGCUACAAUCAUCGCUUUGGCGGUAGCACGAAAAAAAUUCCAUGAACGGACUAUGAUUAUCUACUGUUCGAAAGAUACACACAGUUGUAUUACCCGUGCUGCCAAUCUGCUCAAUAUCAAUAAAGAAAAUAUCGUGUAUGUUUCAACAAAUGAACAACGACAGAUCGAUUUACAGGCAUUAGAAGCUUGUAUAGAUCCAAAUGCAUGUGGCUUUAUUGUUGGUACGGCGGGUACGGUUGGCACUGGAGCCAUUGAUGAUCUACAAGGUUUAGCCAAUCUGUGUGCUCGUCGUCCGAAUGAUCUUUGGUUUCAUGUAGAUGGUGCUAUUGGUGCAGUUGCAUGUUGUUCUAAACGUCUUCGCCCAUUGUUUACUGGCUUGGAACGAGCCGAUUCGAUUGCAUUCGAUCUACACAAAUGGUUGUCUGUUCCAUACGAAUGUGGUUGUAUUCUUGUGCGUGAUGGGCAAUUACAUCAAUCGACAUUUGCUCAACCGGCAGUAUCCUAUUUGACAUUGAUGGACGGUGGCUACACACCGAGUAAAGGCGAAUAUUUUUUUAGUGAUUACGGUCUGGAACUUUCACGAAAUACAAAAGCUAUAAAAGUCUGGAUGACAUUGAAAACAUAUGGAUUCGAACGAUUCGGUCGUAUUAUGGAACAAAAUGUUGAUCAAGCAUUGUAUUUUGCUCGUUUAAUUGAACAACAUUCGGAUCAAUUCGAAUUAUUGGCCAAGGUAACAUUAAAUAUCGUUUGUUUUCGUUAUACUGGAUGUCAAUCGAAUACUGUCGAUCAACAGGACAUGUUGAACAAAUUUAAUAAACAUUUAUUGAUAACGUUACAAGAACGAGGCAUUGCCGUUGUUUCACCACUUGUCAUUGGCACGAAUACAUUUGCUUUAAGAAUGUGCAUUUCGAAUCAUCGAACGAGACUCUCCGAUAUGAACAAAUUCAUCGAACAAAUGAUUCAACUCGCUGCUGAACUAAUCGAUUCGAACGCAUUUAACACUCUAAAAAAGAUUUAAUGGAUGUUUCAAUGACUCUUUCGAGAUGAAUAACAUUAUUGCAAAGAGAAAAAAACUGAUUUUUGUGAUUUUUAAGUAAUUUAGAUUGCAAAUGUUAUUAAAGAUUCAAAAUAUUUCGAUCAUCUUGAUAGUGUUGGUGUAGCGUGUGGCUGUCUCUUCUUUUAACGCAAACUCACACCCACAUACUCAAUAUAUUCUCAGAUUUUAUUUUCGACUUUUUUUUGGUAGAGAAAACUAUGAGAAAUCAUCGGUAAAAAAAUACCAUACAGAAAACAAAAAUUUUAAUCAUGAGUCAUUUUAAAUUUAUUCAAUAGAAUCUUUUGUCGUUCUGUUUGAUCAAAUACAAACCAAGUAAAUAUAUGCUACUCGAUUCUUUCAUCCGUUAUUUCUUUCUUUCUUUAGUUUUUUUUAUAUGUUGCAAAAAAAUACAAAUGUAAUGUUAAUGCUUUAAUCCGUAGAUCACAAGUAUUAAAUCGCUCUUUUUUGAUCGAAUCAGUCGGACUAUUUAUUUUGUUUCGAUUAAUAUCCUCAAUAUUCAGCAAUUUCUGAAAACUAUCAAAACAUUAGUUGCAGUUUAUCACAGAUAUUUAUUUUAUAUUGAUAGUUUUAUUUGACAUAACUGAUGGUUUUUUUAUAAAAAAUGUAAGAAAGUUUUGGUUUGAUGUGAAUGAUCAUCGUAGAAGAAAAGAUUACUUGUUUUUUUCAAAUAUAAAAUCAAAUCGAGGCAUUUAUUGGCUUCUUUCUUUCGUUCUAUAUUUAUUAAUCACUGUUCAAACAUUUUUUUCUCAUAUUAUGCCUAUUACUGGCAAGCUGUGAAUAAAAUAUAAUAGAAGUAAAAAGAUUACAUGAAACAGUUGUUGUACAAACAUUGUCAUUUGUUAGUCUUCAAAACAAAUUCAUAUUGGAAUAAAAAGAAUGACUAAUAUUUGUUGUUUGGUUUCAACUGGAAAAAUCCCAGAUGAGUUUUACAUAAAUAAUGAAUAAAAAAUGAGAAAUCAUUCACUAUUCAACAAACUAUAAGUUGUCAUCACAUCUCUACGAUUUCAUAGUGAGUAUCCGAUGUGUAUAACUAUCUCGAUAUAUGUGACGUAUUCAACUUUUAUGAAUCUUUAAGAACUGGAAUUUUUCUGAUUUUAUUAUCUACUGUUUGUUCCAGAGGUGAUCACAGGGCAGGGUUACCCUGCCCUGCCCUGCACCCU